AUGGAUUGUAAACGAGCAGACUGGGAUAAAUAUAAAUCCGUUAUAGAAGAAAAAUGCGAAAAGAUAGAUAAUUCUACAACAGAAGUUAGUUAUAGUGAAUUAUUAGAUUGGAUUGAUAGUGCAGCUAACAGCAGUAUACAAAUUAAUAAGGUGAGGAAUAAAACCAGAAGACCAAUGUGGAAAGUUUUCAAAAUGGUAAGAUCUAUGCUAAAUAUGGGUGAAUCGGGAAAUGUAUCAAAAUGUAGUGAUGAUGUAUUAGAUGUUCUAGUAGACAAAAUAGCACCACCAGGAGUUAGUUACAAUAUUGAUGAAGAUUUAAAUGGAAAUGAAAUAGAUGCCUAUAGACCAAUAACUUUAAGCUCGUGCAUAGCCAAGAUAAAAGAUAGAUUGAUAAAGAGGAGGCUAGAAUGGUGGUUGGAACAUAAUAAAAUAUUCCCAAGAACUCAAUUUGGUUUCAGAAGAAAACAUAGUACAAUGGAUAAUUUAAGUAUAUUUAUUAGUGACAUAUAUUUGGCAUUUUCUAAAAAUACAUAUGUUGUAGCACUAUUUAGUGAUAUAAAGGGAGCUUAUGACAAUGUAAUACCUAAUAUUUUAAUGGAUAAAUUAUUAAAAAAAAUAGUUUUAGAGAUGAAUGAUAGAAAAUAUGAAAGAUACUUAUACAAAGGACUUCCGCAAGGGGGUAUACUGAGUCCUUUAUUAUAUGCUUUAUAUGCUUAUGAUUUAGAAAAAAUUUGGGUACCUGGAACAAAGAUCUUACAAUAUGCUGAUGAUGUUGUGAUUUAUGUAGAAAGGAAAACAUUAAAAGAUGCUUUGGAGAUUAUGACAAACAAUAUUGAUUUAUACAAUUUAUGGUUGAGCAAAAAUGGUUUAACAUUAUCAGAAGAAAAAAGUACGAUUGAUUAUGGCUCUUGGAUAUUUAGUAACAGUAGAAAAAUUCAAGAUUUAGACAAGAUUCAAUAUCGAUGUCUUAGAAUAUGUAUAGGAGCAAUGAAGUCAACGCCAACAAAUGUAUUAUUAUUGGAAAGUGGAGAAAUGCCAUUAGAAAUAAGACGAAAGCUCUUAUGUGAUAAAUAUAUUUUGAAAAACAUAAUAAAUAAUGAAUCUGUGUUGAAUUACAAACUGAUGGAAAUAUGGAGAAGUAUAGACAGGAGCACAUAUUGGAUAAACAAAAAAGUACCAGAACUAAUAGCUAUUCGUGAAGCUGUUAGAAUAGCUAAAAUGAAUAAGUAUAAAAAAACUAUGAUUUUAACAGAUAGUUUAAGUUGUGUAAAUAAAUUAGAAAAGUUCAUGAAUACAAUAGAAUUUGAAGAAAAAAUAUAUUUUGAAAUAUUGAAUGAUAUAGAGAUAAUUACAGGGAUUGGAAAUAACAUAAAUAUUGGAUGGGUACAAGGUCAUAUAGGUGUGGAAGGAAACGAAAAGGCUGAUGAACUGGCAAAAACAGCAAGUAGGAGAGAUGGAGAAGAAGUAUGGAGAGAAACAUCGCAAAGAAAAGGAAGGCAUUACAAAUUAUAUAAUGACUGUUUAUCGUUUAAACCAUGGUUUGAGGAGUUUAAAAAUGAAGAAAGAAGAUUUAUUGUCACCAUCAGUAGGAUAAGAACCAAACACGGAAGCUAUGCGAAACACUUGCAUAGAAUAAAAGUGAUAAAUUCAGAUAUAUGUGAAUGUGGAGAGGAAGAAGGUACUCUGGAACAUAUAAUUCUGGAAUCCAUUCUUCAAGUGCGAAUAGAUGUUCUUGUAAGUUUAGAGAUGCGAUUACUGGAUCUUGAUGUGUUGCCAUGA